AUGUCUCCUGACUCUCCUUAUCACAGGAUUUUAGCGGAAUUUCCUGGACUUACUCGAUUUGCUCCUCUUUCUUCGGUGAAGUCUUAUGGAAUUGAACAUCGUAUCAUCACGGAAGGAUCUCCUAAAUUUUCAGUUCCCAGAAGACUUUCUCCGGAAAAACUCAAGUUUGCCAAGGAGGAAUUCAAGUUUAUGAUGGAACAAGGAAUUUGUAGACCUUCGAGUAGUACUUGGGCAGCCCCUUUACAUAUGGUUCCCAAAUCGGAAAAUGUUUGGAGACUUUGUGGUGAUUAUCGUGCAUUAAAUUCGGCUACCAUUCCUGAUCGUUACCCACUGCCUCAUAUUCAAGAUUUUACUUCUGGGCUUUAUGGUAAGAAUAUCUUCUCCAAGAUUGACUUAGUAAAAGCGUACUAUCAAGUACCCGUCGCCAAAGAGGAUAUUCACAAGAUCGCCGUUACCACACCUUUUGGACUUUUUGAAUUUUUAGUCAUGCCUUUUGGUCUUCGUAACGCAGCUCAAACUUUUCAAAGAUUAAUGAACUCACUGCUCAGUGAUUUAGAUUUUGUUUUUUGCUAUCUUGACGACAUUCUUAUAGCUUCCAAAAAUGAACAAGAACAUAUUGCCCAUUUGCGCAUUAUUUUUGAUCGUUUAUUACAAGCCGGAAUGUCAAUUAAUGUAUCCAAAUGUCUUUUUGGACAAAAAGAACUUUCUUUCCUUGGAUACCUAGUUUCAGAUCAAGCUAUUAAACCUACAACAGAAAAAGUAAAAUCUAUUAUUGAUUUUCCUAAACCUAAGACAAUUCAUGAUAUGCGCAGAUUUAUUGGCAUUAUCAAUUAUUAUCGUCGCUGUCUUAAAAAUGCAGCCGAACAUCAAGCUUUACUUACUGAAUUUUUAAAGGAUAGUCGCAAGAGAGAUAGAAGAGUUAUCCCUUGGAAUAAUGAAACUGAAACAGCCUUUCAAAAUUGUAAAGAAGAACUUCUCCGAGUUACUACUCUUUCUCAUCCUGCUCCACAUGUUCCUUUGAUUUUAACUUGUGAUGCUUCUAAUUUUGCUGUUGGAGCGUCUCUAGAACAAACCAUUGCAAUUUCUCUUGAUGAGUUAGCUGAUUAUCAAAAAGAAGAUGAAGAACUUCAAGACUUACUUUCUUCGAACUCUUCUCUUCAGUUAAGGAAACUUAUUCUUUCUGGUUCAACUUCUCCUAUUUAUUGUGAUUGUUCCUCUGAACUAAUUCGUCCUUAUGUACCUAAAUCUCUUCGCAAGAGGAUUUUCGAUGUUGUUCAUGGUCUUGCUCAUCCCAGUGGUAGAUCAACAGCUAAACAACUUUUGCAUAAAUUUAUUUGGCCAUCUUUAAAAAAGGAUGUUAAAGAAUGGACUCGUACGUGUCUGCCUUGCCAACGUUCCAAGAUUUCAAGACACACGAAGAAUGUUCCUGUUAGAAUCGAGAUUCCGGAUCAACGUUUUCAACAUGUCCACUUAGACUUGAUUGGUCCUCUUCCAUCUUGUCAAGAUUUUCGUUAUUGCCUCACGAUUAUUGAUCGUUUUUCACGUUGGCCUGAAGCUAUCCCUCUUAAGGAAAUCUCUGCUGAUACUGUUUCUACAGCUUUUUAUACUCAUUGGGUAGCUAGAUACGGUUCUCCCUUAACCAUCACCACGGAUCAAGGAUCGCAGUUUGAAGCAUCUCUUUUCAAGGCUUUAACCAAUUUGAUUGGUUGUGACAGGAAAAGAACUUCGGCUUAUCAUCCUGCUUCAAAUGGCAUUUUGGAAAGGUGGCAUAGGACUGUCAAGACUGCCAUUAUGUGUCAUCAGACGAAGAAUUGGCUAGAGUCUCUUCCUUCAGUUCUUCUGGGUCUUCGUUCAUGUUUUAAAGAAGAUUUAAAGGCUUCACCUGCGGAACUACUCUAUGGAACCACUCUUCGGAUUCCUGGAGGAUUUUUUAUUGAAGAGGAUUUUCCUGCGGAUCCUGAAAUCUUUUUAGAAAAACACAGAAUUCAUAUGAGGAAUGUUAGAUCUUCACCAACCAGUCAUCACAUCAAGAAAUCUCCUUUUGGAACAAAUCGUGCCGGACUUAGCCGUUCAAAAUACGCGAGAUCGUCGCCGAACGCCAAUUGGUCAGCUACCGCGCGCAUCACUCGCGCAAUCACGCAGGCGGUAGACCGAGCUCACCGCUUCGCUCCGAUCGGCAAACAAUAA